AACAAAGCCAAACAAGCUGAGAGGAGGGAAGAACAAGGAGGAGCUCAGAUCUGCUGCACCAAGUGAUAUUAACUGCUGGUGUGAGGGGCUGAGCUCACAGGACUCUCCGACAUGAUGACAACAAAGAGACUCGGGAACUUUGAGGUGGUCUGUGAGUGGGGUUCGUGCAGUUUCACGGGCCGCUCCAUGGAGGAGCUCAGCGACCACAUGUGUCUGCAUUUGAAGGACUACCUGGGGGACAACGAUGCCCUGGAGGAGCUGGAUGAAUAUGCUUGUCUCUGGAAUGGAUGUGAAUUUCUAUCCAUGGGUAGCCCUGCAGAGCUGGAGGUCCAUGCUUAUUUCCACAACUACCAUGGGAAGCUCAAGUUCAUUGGGUCACAGCUGCUCAAGUCCCGUCCAGAUCUUCCCAGCUGCAAUCAAGGCAUGCACAGCAACAAUCUGGUUCCUGAAGGAUCAGACGGAUAUGUUUGCCAGUGGGAGCAAUGUGAUUGUACAUUUAAUAAUCCUGAGUGGUUCUAUCGACAUGUGGACAACCACAUAGAAAGUGCUGAACCACAGUCUCUGCCUCAACAACAGCAGGCGCUCUUCUGCCAGUGGGCAGGCUGCGACGCCUUUUUCAAAAUCAGGUACCGUUUGAGGGAACAUAUGCGGAGCCAUACUCAGGAGCGACUUGUCGCCUGUCCUACGUGUGGCAGCAUGUUCUCCAGCAACACAAAGCUGUUUGACCACCUGCACAGGCAAGCUGAGCCAGUAGAGACGCUGGUUUGUGAACACUGUGGGAAAGCUUUUUCCAGCGAGAGGCUUUUGAGGGAUCAUGUUCGUCAGCAUGUGAAUCAGGUGAAGUGCCCCUUUUGUGACAUGACCUGCACCACUUUGGCUGCUCUGAAGAUCCACAUCAGGUUCCGCCAUUGUGAUGAGCGUCCGUUCCCGUGCGACUUCUGUGACAAAAGAUUUAAGAACCAGCGCGAUCUGCAGAAGCACACAGAGGUUCACAAUGAGGGCACCAUGUACAGCUGUACAGUGGAGGGUUGUGAUUAUACUUGUCAUACGUUCCAAACAAUGAGCCAGCACUUCAAGAGAGUCCAUGAGGAUGGGGGAAUGGCUAAAUAUAAAUGCCAUAUCUGUGAUAAGGUGUUCUCUUGGUGUUACACUCUUACACUUCACCUUCGUAAGAAGCACGAGCUGAAGUGGCCCUCUGGACAUUCCCGCUUUAGGUACAGGAAGGAUGUCGAUGGUUUCCUGAAGUUAAAUAUGGUGCGCUUUGAGACUGUUGAAGUGACAAAGGAGAUCAUGAAGAACAUGGCCAAGAAGCCUCAGAGCCUUCAGAAAAGCAGUCAGGACGAGAGCGCUGCUGUCACGCCGGAGAGCGGCCGAAGCUCUCCCACAGGAUCCUCCUCGCCCUCCUCCAGCUCCUCCUACUCCUCAGAGUUCUCAGGAGGUGAGGACAUGUCGUCUCAGGCCAGCCCCAGAGGCAGCGACUCUCCUGUCUACUGUGUGAUGAGCACCAUUCCUCACAUUGAGGACGAGUCUGCAGGACUGAUGCAGGAGGACUGUGAUGGUUUUGGGGCUUCCGGAGCCGUCCAGGCUCUGACAGAGGUUGCGAGGGGCCUCGGCAUGGAUGUGGUUUAAGUGUUCACCCAGUGUAGGCUUUAUGCAAUUAAUUUGGUUUGUUUGUGCAUAUUUUGUUGUGGAGCUGUUAGUGGAGACGUCAUUGGAGCAGCUGUAUUUUCUGUUGUUGUUUUUUUUUUUUAAAUUUAUCCUAACCCUUCCUCACAUUCUCCAGCAUUUCAUAUAUUGAGAAGAUCAUGCAUCAUUCGCACACCAUAGCAGCUCUUAUAUACUCAAAUACCACAACCUUGCUUUUAAAGCCUCCGUACAAAUGUGAACCACAGGUAAAAAUUUCUGUUAAAGUUUUUAUGAAUGGGGG